AUGACUUCGUUACUAUCUGCAGAACUUUCUGCUACUUGCAAUGCUUUAGGAACACUUAAUAAGAAAACUGGAAAAUAUAUGAUAGACGAUUUUACUCUUAACACUGUUAAAGAUCUUAUAAGAUAUCUUCGACGUGACGGUGAAGAUCAUGAAAUUCGUAGGCAUCUCGGACAAACUAAGGUCUUGCAAACAGACUUAAUACCAAUGCUUAUUGAUCACUGGGAAAAAGAAGAAUUGUUUGAUGUUACACUUAGGCUUCUUGUAAAUUUGACCAACCCAGCUCUUCUGUUAUAUCAUGAAGAAGUGCCAGUAGAAAGGACCGCACGUCAUAAUUAUUUGCAAAUACUAUCACAUUUACAGUACUAUAAAGAGGAAGCUUUUGCUAAAGUUGAAACUUGGCAGUUUUUUGCUAAAAAGUUAACAAAGAUAUUAGAAAUUGAUUGGUCUGAAAGAGAUGAAGACACAGGGUUAAUAAUUGAAAGGAUUUUAAUAUUAAUUAGAAAUGUACUGUAUGUGCCUGCUGACUUAGAUAAAGAAAGAAGACCAGAAAAUGAUGCUAGUGUCCAUGAUCAGGUACUCUGGGCAUUAAACCAAGCUGGAAUCUUGGAUAUCAUUCUGUACAUGUCAUCCGAAAACGAAAAGCAAUAUUUUAUGCACAUAUUAGAAAUUAUUUCACAUUUAUUAAGAGAACAGAAUCCAACAAGUUUAGCCGACUCUGCUUUGCAAAGAAGUGUAGACGAAAAGUUAAAAGAUGAUCAAGAGUUACUUAUGAUGCGAAUGUCAGAAAGUAAGGAGAGAAUGAAUAAGGUUAAACAAUAUUCAUCCACUAGGCAUUCCCGCUUUGGUGGUACAUAUGUUAUUCAAAAUAUGAAAUCUAUAUCAGAUAAUGACAUAAUAUGUCUAAAACCACUGAACAAUAUAUCUAGCCUAGACUUUAAUGGUAGUAAAAAGUCUAAAUUAGUCAGACCUAAGAACAGAAGACCGACAGAAAGUGGUACAAUGGAAAGAAGAUCAGCUUUUGCCAUAAGAUUAUUCUUAAAAGAGUUUUGUAUAGAAUUCCUAAACAGCUCGUAUAAUCCAAUGAUGCACUACGUGAAGGAUGUACUGGUUAGAGCUAAAGCGCAACAAAACGAUGAAUCUUAUUAUUUAUGGGCAAUGAAAUUUUUUAUGGAAUUUAACAGAGGCCAUAAUUUUCAAGUUGGAUUAGUCAGUGAAACAAUGUCAGUACCGAUGUUCCAUUACGUUCAACAACAGAUGGAAAAAUAUUAUGACAUGAUUAAAGUUGAGAAAAAGAAGUUUUCGACUUGGGUGAGAAGAUUGCACUUAGCGCUAAGAGCUUAUAAGGAACUACUGAAUACACUAUUAGCUAUGGACAAGAGCAGUGAUGUUUCAGUGAAAGAGUCUGCAAAAGUACUCAAGAGUAAUAUCUUCUAUGUUUUGGAAUAUAGAGAAUUUAUUUUGUCAAUUUUACUUAAUUAUGAUGAAAAUAAGAUGCCUAGAUCAUAUUUAGUAGAUUUAGUGGAAACAGUACAUCUAUUCCUUAAAAUGCUUGAGCAUUAUUGCAAGAAAACUGGUUUGGUCGUGCAAAAGAAAGUGCGGAAAAAAACUAAAUCUAAAAAACAAAAACCGAAAUCGAGUGCUAAACCAAAAACGAUAGAACUAUCGCCGUGGGAAGAGGUCAGGCCUCAAAUAGCGGCAGUCCUAAGAGCCGGCAUAGAAGAGUAUCCGCCACCCUUCGACGCAGCCUCCGAUGUGGCUAUUGAUCAACAAAAGGGAGAUUGUAUGAAGAAGAUACAAAAAUUAAUGCGCGAACACAAAUAUGAAGAUGCCGUCGGUACAUUCAGAGCUGCAAGGGAAGUAUGGCCUGAAGAAGGUAUAUUUGGAGUGAGCGGUAUUCAAGAGGAUGAGGAAUUAGAUAUGCUCGAAACAAUUUACAAUACUGAUUUGGGAGUUGAAGUUAGUAGAGUUGAGGAAGAAACGCAAGAAAAUUCCGAAUACGAUGAAGAAGAUGAAGAAGACGAAGAAGAUAAAUCGACAGCCGUCGUUGAAACGGAUUUUGAUUUUCAAGACUUUGUCCUCAGAUUCUGCCAUCAACGCGUAGUUAGUGCUUGUGUGUGUUUAUUAGAAGGCUAUGAGAAGAAUUUACCAUACACCAACCAUUGUAUAGUAAAGAUGUUGCAUAGAAUAGCCUAUGACAGUAAUCGUCCUGCUAUGAUGUUUCAAGCAACACUGUUUUUAGUGUUUCAGAAGAUCUUGAAUAACCCUAUCCCAAUAUUUAAGGAAUUGGAAAAGUUCGCAAUAUUUGUUCUAAGGAAAUUCGCUGAAAUGGCAUCGAAGAGUAGCAAAGUUUUUAUCGAGCUGUUAUUUUGGAAGAACUCUAAAGAUUCUGUCGAAAUCGAACACGGUUACGACCUUUACAACGAUCCCAGGGAUAAGCCGGGCAACUCGCAGUGGACUGAGGAACAGGAAGAAGAACUACGCCAACUGUACAUGGAAAACCAGACUAAUCCCGAAAAUGAUCAGGAUGUGAUUGAUUGGAUUUUGGAGAAUUUAAUCGCACAAACUCGAACACGAAGAAGCGUUAUAAAGAAACUAAAGGAGCUAGGUCUUAUAUUUAAAGCACCGACCAAGAAAAGUAAUCGAGAGAGGAAAGAAAAGGUGUCGCUUGAAUUUACCGAAGAGGAAGAUAAUAUAUUGACAGAACUCUGGAAACAAUACGGUGAAUCUAAGGAUGCCUUAGGACUAAUAGUUGCCAGAAUGCCAAAAAAACGUUCAAAAAAAAGUUACAAAGAACGUCUGACACAGCUAGGCUUCAUACAAAUCAAGCGUAGGAAGAAACAGGACACUAAAAGUGAGGAUAAAUCGAACGAAAGUUCAUCGGGUUCAGAAAAUUCUAGCUCAGACAGUGAAAAAGAUGUCACGCCUUCGUCUAAGCUGAAUAUAAAACCCAAGAAAAAACCUACAAAAGAAAGUAAAUCAAAGAAAACAACAAGAAAUAUGGAAUUGAGUGCUAAUGAAAUCGCUAAACUCUUGGUUAAAGCUGUGGAUAGCGGUCUAGAAGAAGCACUAAAAUGGUUAGCAGAGAAUCUAGAAGAGGUAGCCUUAGAUCAAGAAGCGGAGGGUUUCGAUCCAACAGCAGAAGGAACACCGUUAGUUCCCAUCUCAAGUGACUCGGUGGAUGCUAUGGGCAAUGAUUUGUUCGUACGAGUUUUGAAGAGUAUUGGUGUGGUUCCGCCUGCUGAUGAACAGGAAACGUACUGGAGAAUACCAAGUAAUUUGCAUCAUGAAACUAUAAGGAAAAGACGAGAAAUUAUUAUUAAAGCUGUCAAUAAAGAACUUAUCAUAGAUAAUGCUAAUACACAAACAAACGACGCAGAAAGCAACGAUAAUCUUAUAGAGAAAAAUUAUAAUGCAGAAUCAAGUGACGACGAUGACUUAUUCGAUAAUCUUAGAAAAAUGAGAGAUACCGAGAUUCCAUAUAAAAGCGAUUUAAAUAAAUCGGUCGAUCGUAUUCGUAGUCGUAUCGAUUCUGAGAGUGUUAAUAAUGAAAAUCAAAAUAAAAAUGAAUCAAAAGCUUAUUCGAGCGAUGAUGAUAAUAUAGUGGAUAAUUUACGAAAAAAUAAAGGUUCCAAAAAGAAGAUUCGUAAGCGCAAUCAAAAUAUCGACUCUGACAAUGAUAAUAAUGACAAUCAAAAUGAAAAUGAAUUUAAGGCUGAUUCGAGCGAUGAUGAUGAUACAUUCAAUAAUUUACGAAAAAAUAAAGUUUCUAAAAAGAAGAUUCGUAAGCGCAAUCAAAAUAUCGAUUCUGAUAAUGAAUCGAUAAACACUACAAAACAAAGAGAAAAUGAAAGUAAUGCGAAUGCAACAAAUGACGAUAUAUUCGAUAACUUACGAAAUGAUAUUCCGAAUGAAAACUUUGAAAAGACGAAUAAUCGGAAACGUAGUCGCAGUAUCGAUUCUGAUGAUGAGAGUAUUCGAAAAGCGCCGAAAAUCAUUGGAGACGAUAAUGACGAUGAUAUUUUGUCGUUUGCGAAGAAAACGUUGCAGCAUACUGAGUUUCCUGACACAGAGGAUAUUAUGAAGGAUCUCCCGAAACAUACAUUAAGUAGUGACAGCGAGGAAGAAAUCGCGCCUGCGAGGAGAUACAAGAAACUGGUAAUUAGCGACGAUUCAGAC